AUGGGGACCCUGUGCCCCCCGCCCCCCCAGGUUAUCAUCGGAAGCAUCUUUGAGGUGAUUUGGGCCGUGGUGAAGCCAGGCACCUCCUUUGGGAUCAGCGUGCUGCGAGCUCUCAGGUUACUGCGCAUCUUCAAGGUCACCAAGUACUGGGCUUCCCUGCGGAACCUGGUGGUCUCCCUCCUCAACUCCAUGAAGUCCAUCAUCAGCCUCCUCUUCCUCCUCUUCCUCUUCAUCGUCGUCUUCGCCCUUCUGGGGAUGCAGCUUUUCGGGGGGCAGUUCAAUUUUGACACCGGGACCCCCCCCACCAACUUCGACACUUUCCCAGCAGCAAUAAUGACGGUGUUUCAGGAGAGGAUUGGAACGCGGUGA